UAUUUGUGUUACUCAUCCAGCUCAUCCUCGUAUCGUACAAAAUAUUUGUAGUUUUCUUUUGAUACAGCUCAAAAGGUCCGAAACAAACAUGUUUUCCACAAAUCCGAACUACACCAAACUGAAAACUCACCUGCGGCUUUCCAUAAAUCGUCUCAAAUUGUUGGAAAAGAAGAAAACGGAGCUGGCGCAGAAGGCUCGCAGGGAAAUUGCUGAAUAUAUUGCUGCGGGAAAGAGCGAACGGGCCAAGAUCCGUGUGGAACACAUUAUAAGAGAAGAUUACAUGGUAGAAGCCAUGGAGAUAGUAGAGAUGUAUUGUGACUUGAUCCUGGCCCGCUUCGGGCUGGUGACACAGAUGAAGGAACUAGAUGAGGGGCUAGCUGAGGCCAUUUCCAGCCUCGUUUGGGUUGCACCACGGAUGCACACUGAUGUCCAGGAACUUAAAAUUAUAUCCGACUUGUUGACAGCCAAGUACGGUAAGAUAUAUGCAGAUGCAUGCAGAAAUGAAAGCGUAAACACAAUCAGCGAGAAGCUGAAACACAAGCUGUCAGUUCAGAGCCCUCCCAAGAUACUGGUGGAGCGGUACCUUAUAGAGAUAGCUAAGAAUUACAAUGUGGAGUACACUCCGGAUGAGCAAGUGAUGAGGGAAGAAGAAGGGCGAGACGCGAUGCUGAUCGACAUCAAUGGCCCGCCCAUGCCGCCAGGGUUCAUAGGCUUCCCGCAGCCGCCGGCGCUGCCGCAGAUGCCUAAUCUGCCCCCGCCUACUGUCACACCUUUCAGUUAUCCUUCCGGUCCAUCUGGCGGCAAAGCGGGCGGGUUCAUUGCGUCGCCGCCAGGCCCGAGCCACCCGCCCAUGGGCUACAACCUGCCCCCUGGCGUUGAAUCGAAGGAUCUUAGCAACAGCUUCUUACAGGAAGAGAUGCACAACCUACCUCCUGCUUACGACAGUAUUAAUCAUGAUUUGCCCAGCCACGUGGACACCCCGAUGCCGCCAACUGCGCCGACGCCGCAGCCGCGCGCGCGCGUCCCCCCCCCCAGCAGCAGCAGCUACCCCGAGCUGCCCGAGCUGCCGUCCGUGCCGUCCGACAUCAUCCCCGCCCCGCCCGCCGACCGCCCCGCCGGGAAUCAUUCUAGCGCGCCCGACGAGAUCGACUUUGAUGACUUGAACAGACGCUUUGAGGAAUUGAAGAAGAAGAAGUAGAUUGCGGGGGUACAAGUUGACAUUGUUUAGUUAGGACUGAAGAAAUUGAGAUUUAUCGCUUUAUCUAAAUAAUUCACGUAGUUGAGCGAAGAGUCAUUGCGCUAAAGGGUUGUACACGUAAGUUAGGAUCGCGUCUCUCCUGUGAGUCCUAAUGCUAAGGGCUAAAGCCUAAUUUUCUUAUUAAAACAUCCGCAUAAAGAUGUACUACUGUACUAAUCCGUGUGCUAAAAUCAAUACUUCCAUUUUCCAAUUAUUGCCUACAAGAAUGACAAUCGGGUAUGAUCCUUACAGCGAAUGCUAAGCUCCUGGUAAUAUGCAUAAUUAUAGAACUCUCAAGCAAUGUUAACAAUAAUCUCAUUGUACUGUGACGGUUAUAAGCAUUAUAACUAAGUUAAUUUGGAGGGUCAUCAUCAUAAUAUCAUAGCUUUCUUAAGCUUUUAUAUAUAUUUUAGUUUACAUUUAAACUGACUACCGAAUGACUGUUAAAUUGUUCAUUCGGCAUAAACGUCAUGUAAGAGCCACGGCCACGGAUUGUUAUACAAAUCGUCUACUCGAACGAUACGCCGCAUGCGCUAAACCCAUGUCACAAAUGGUUACUCAUACAUUUUUUUUAAUGAAUUUUAUAUUUUUAUUUUCGUGUUUAUGUAGUUUAUCGACAAAUUCAUUCACAUCCAUCACAUUCCGAAUAAUGCAUCUCUCUUAAAGGGGCUCAUUGAUUAUCAGUCCGCCGGACUUAGUUCCGGAGUUCCUAACAACUGAAACGGCGGUUUCACUGAUAGGCCGAUAUCGUCCGGCAGACUGGUAAUCAGUGGGCCCCUUUAAGCACUAACGCUCAUAUCUUGAGACGCAAAGUACACAAACGUGUAACAGUCGGUACUAUUGCAGUCUUUGUGGUAUUGCAUUGGGUCUUUAAGAUUACCGUAUAACCCAACUAUAUAGGUAUAGCUCACAGCUCAAUUCGUAAUAGCAAUCUUCUUUUUGGUGUGAAAAUGUUUUGCCUUGAAACAGCAAAAUUCAAUAGGUAGUAGAUUGUUAACAGGUGGAAAGUGAACCAUAUCACUUGGUUACUUUUACCCGAGUUAAACACUACUUUUCAUUUCGACUAUGAAAGUCAAACACAAGAAAAGCGUUUCUCCAGAAACUUCCUGCCUCGCACAGCUAAACUGUGGAAUGAACUGUCGCCUGCGGUAUUUCCGGACCGAUACGACCUUCAAACCUUCAAGAAAAGAGCGUACUCCCAUCUUAAAGGCCGGCAACGCACUUACAACCCCUCGUGUUGCGGGUGUCCAUGGGCGGCGGUAAUCGCUUACCAUCAGAUGAUCCGUCUGCUCGUUUGCAUCCUAAAUCAUAAAAAAAAGAAACGGUUAAGAGAAUUAGGGACUGAAAUUCGCGCCAUUUACAUUUUGAUCGAAAAAAAAAAACUAAUACCAUAGACAAUCCGAUCUUAAAUUGGUUUGUGUCUAAAACAGCCUUAAUGUAACUAAUGCAAGUAUACACGCCUUAACCCUUAAAUGCAUAUUGUUGCCAAAUGUUUUGUUGUUUGUUGUUCUUAUUCUAUUCUAUUCUAAAUGUAUACAAAGCAAUAAUGAUGCAUAAUUAAUUACAAUACGCUUAAUUAAUUUAAUCAUGCAUUUAAGGGGUAUUGCACACUAAAAAAGGAGGCAACUAGCAACCUGAAGACUUUGCUAGGCUUCGUGGAGGAGCCGGGGUGGUUAGAGUAGCGCUACUUCGUUUCACGCAAAAUAGGCACAUUGGAUGUCGAUUUGCGGAAAAUGCCCAGCAUAACUAACUAACUAAGGGGUAUUUAAUCUACGCAAUAUUUUUAUUUAUAAAAAUUACAUUCGUUUUAAGACAAAAUGUCAGAAAAUUUGAAAAAAUCCUGAAUUUGAUGAUUUUUAGUAUGUGAUUUUGGACGUUUUUUUCGGGGUGUGUAUUCUAUAUUUAAAAAGUUUAUAAUAGGUGUAUUACAAAUAGUGUACCUUUCUGAUGUCAGUAAGAUUUUUCAUAUAUCUCUUGCUGAAAAUUAUAUAUUUACAUAAAUAUGAUUUAGCCUGUGCAACUUCUAACACUGAUUUUUCAGUGAAAAUCGAUGUUAUAAUUUUUUUACAAUUUUUCCCAUAAUCAGCAAACAAUUACGUGACAUAUAUUAAUAUCGGGCAAAAGGAAAAAAUCAUGCAUGGUUAAAAAAAGUGAAACUGAAUGAAUGAAUGAAUGUAAUGUAAAUAAUGUAAUGAUAACAUUUUAAACAUUCAUCGUCAUUUAUAUUGAUUUAUUAACUUUUUUUAAAAUAAUGCAAUUGACAUUUAGUUUCGAUAAUACUUGGUCUGAAAAUGCGGAUCUGCAGCGAAAGCUAAUAUGAGAGCUUUUAACUCAAUAAUAUGGCAUAUAUGGCUGUAUGGCGGCACCCUAGGUGGGAAAUGCAAUUCUCCCCCGGCUAUCAGCCUAUGAAAGGUGAAUUUCCGAAUAGGAGAGACGAAAACAAUAUUUACACCUAAACUAAGUUAUUCGAGUUGGUUUUGGACCGUAGUUGGAGGUUUUGUACUAUAGUUGGGUGGUUUUACGGUACUGUUGUAUGGGCGUAGAGCGUAGGUGCUCGGGGGUGGGGUUUAUAUCUACCUGUGACUGUGAGGUCGAGGUUUUGAAGUGUUAGUGAGUUUGAGUUAUCAAAUGAUUAUGUAAUCUUAAAAGUUUAAUGCUGAAGGUACAUACUUCUGAAUGUUGUAAAAUAAAAUUAUUUUUAUAAUAAAAUUAUUUAAUCUUUGCUAUUGAACAUAAACACCGCUGUUAUCGAUACGUAGCAACUGUAAAUUAUGUAUUAUAACUUUACAUAUUAAAUAAGAUUAUUAAAUAGUGUUUAUAUAUAAA